AUGGCAGCGUCUCAAUUCUCGAUCCUGAGCUCGAAUCUGCUGGCCUCCGUGCCUGCCAAUGUAUCGGAACAAGACGUCGACUGGUCUGUGAUCUCUUUGGUACUUGUAAAACUGCAUCAGCGUACACAGAAGAAGCUGAAAGAGCUCACGACGGCACUGGAUGUAGCCAGGACGACUUCGAGCACAUUUACAUUUAAAGAGCAUGACGAUGUUUUACUAAUUUAUAAUGAACUCCAGUCACUUUCUCCUCAUCUUGCCGUUGCCGAGCAGCACUUUCUACAGUUAGAGAGCAUCAUUCGUCCAGGCAUAUGUAAGCUUCAGACUCUCUAUAGUCGCACAAAGUAUCUCGAUACAGCAGUCCAAGUGGAAAAAUUAAGUCAAAAAGUUAAAGAUCAAGUCAAGGACGCCACGCCCGACAGUUUAAGAGCAUUUCAAGAUUUUACAGCUUUUGUGGCUACAAUUCCAGUGGAAUUUGCCGUCCUUCGAAAUGAAGCCAUUCAUCGAGUUGAAGAGCUUUCAGUGGAUUUACAUCGUUUUGCUGUAGAGAAGCUGCAAGUGGCACUGGAAAAGGAGAUCGAACUGCGUCAAGUAUCGAAAGCUUUCGAGUAUUUGCUGAUAUUGCAACUUAGUCAACUGACGCAUCCUAAAUCCAUGACAACGGAUCUGUGGGCAAUGGACUGUGUUUUGGAACCGCUGCUGCUGCGCUUCCGCUACCACUUUGAACGAGCUGAAAGUGUGACGAACCGGCUGACUAAGCCGGAGUGGUAUUUGAGUCACGUGCAGGAACAAACUAGUGCCCACACGCGGUUUCUGGCUCAUGCACUCACUCCCGAGUUACAUCGACACCGUGAAGAGAUUCAUUGCUGUGAUGCACAGAUUCUCUUGCUGCGUGGACUUGUCAAAGCUGCCAGUCGUAAGAUUACGCAGGACUUGCCUACAUUGUUGACGCAUCCAGCGCUGUUGUGCCAUACGUUGGACGAAAUUCUACUCUUUGAGCAGGCUAUUGACGAAGACAUUGGCUACGGUUCUUGGGCAAGUACAGAUCGUUGUGCAUACCCACGUUGUAUUGAUGUUUUUACAUCGAACAAUGACGUUCUAUUUACCUGGACAAACGCUGAUGUCGAGUACGCGCACCGUAUGCUGUCAUCAAUCCUCGGAGCGGAAUCGCUCAACGACGAGUCGGAAUAUGGUUUCCCUCAUGAAAAAAAGGAUUCAGUGUGGCAGCUGGAAGUCGACGUAUACGGACACGUGGGGCGCUCUGCACCCGAGCACGACACCGAGCGUAUUGCCCCAGUAGCGCUUCAAUUUGUAGCUUUGCUUGAUUUUCUCUCUCAGCGGUUCGCCCUUAUGGAAACAGAGGAGCACCGGUACUUAUACGUGAUGCAGGUGCAUCUGCCGCUUUUGCGACGAUUUGGACAGGUGUGCGACGCUCGCGGGCGCCGAUUGAUCAGUGCCGUGACCAAGAAGAUUGGAGACGCAAAGACCCUGCUUGUUUGGGGAGAGCUGUUUGUAGUGGCAAAUGCACUGCAGCAUGUAGCACAUACGUUGGUGGCAUGGGAACAAAGUAGUGUCUUUUUAGAGCUUUCAAGAAAGAUUGCGCGAUCGGAGACGACUCGAGCUCAAGUACUCCAAAUGCACAUGGCCUACUCCAAGCAACUUUUUGUACGUGCUUCAGCUGCCGUGCUAGCCACAGAGGAAGCGACGGCGGUUCGACAAGCGCUUUCUGGACCAGGUGCCAUGAUUGGACCCACUGCCGCUCUUUCUGCAGCAUACUCGGUCGGAUCGAAGACGAUGAAGAGUUUUUUUCACCGUGCAGAGACCAACGACAAGGUUAAGAAACAAUAUGCUCCAGCCCUUUCAGUGGAUAGUGCACUUCCAGCUGUUGUUGCGGACGCCAACGAAAACAGUCCGAAGUACGAUCUGGAGGAAGAGCAAGACGAUUCUGAGACACUUUUGUUCUCGCACACGAUCUAUGAACGGCAGAUUUUGGAGCUUAAAUCUCUGGCUACGACGCUGCUGGAAGGUGGCAAGGAUGCGCUAAUGCAAGCAGUAGAGCGUGAUAUGGAGGCUUACCGCUUGAGCCCGUUCUGGAUCACCAUCUGCGACGACGAUGCAACCAAUGACUCCCUGUCCAUCAUGUACACAGUGUCUUCCGAAUUGGCAGGCUGCUACACGCUCAUCAGCAAUGUACUGUCGUGCGCGCGUAAACUGCUUUUGCCCGAGUGCUCGUCCGUUUUUUGGAAGCCACUAGCGACGGCACUCGAUAGCGCUUUCGCCAAUAUUAUUGAGGACGUAAAGUCCCUUACAGCCAUAUUCGCGGCCGGAUCAUCAAAGGCACUACCUCGGUCGUACUUCCAACUCACACGGGAGGUAUGCCACCUUUUGGAGAUGCCUGCACCACGCCUGUGUGAGAUUUGCAAGGCUCUUGACGAUCAGUCUGUUGCAUCAACAGGCGAGAGUGCAGUUGCCAUGGAACAGCUUGCUACCAUUUUGGAAGCAUGUGGCAUCUUCUUGCUGACACCAGCUCAAGUUGUGUGGAUGUGCACCACCCGGCUGGAGUAUUGUCGAUAG